AUGGUGGAAAGCCGAUCCAUGAACAAAUGUGUUAUUAUUUUCGCUUGCAUAGCCUGCCAUGCAAUUCUUUCGGCUAAAGGAAGGCAGUUAAAGUACAAGGAGAAAGAAGAAACAGCAAAGCAAGGCAGCCAAAGCAUCAGUUUGCAACAGAAUGCUGCAGGUCUCAAAGAAGAUUUACAGUCAACAAAACCUAGUGUUGACAUUUCUAGUGCUGAAAACACUGUGAGUAUGACAGGGGAAAAGGAAAUAUUCCCACCCAUGAGUUUUGGUGCUUCUGCAACAGUACACCAAGAUGAUUUUCGACCUACAACACCAGGUAACAGUCCUGGUGUUGGCCAUAAACAUACGAAAGAGGAAGAAGAUGUUGAAUCCAAAGUCGAAGGAGAUCAUAGCCUUAAUGGUGGACACUCUACUACAGGAUCUAAGGAUGAUUUCCGACCCACAACACCUGGACACAGCCCUGGCGUUGGCCACCUUCUUUCAAACAAAAGUGCAGAACCAAAAGAAUAA